AUGAGUUUACACGUUAAAAUAAGUGAAUCAUUCGCUGCAAUACAAAUAUUGCUAAAAUGUGUUGGUACCUGGGUAUUUGUAAGUGAUAGAUCUGAAAGUAACCCUCAGUUAGAACAACGAAAAAUGAAACUUGCUCGAUUGUUAAGGAAAGAUCAAGAACAAUACGAGAAAGAAUUGAAGGCUUUACGAGAAAAUGGUGCCAAAGAUCGAAUAUUGCGUAUGAAGCAAAAGAGCGAAAAUCUUAAAUCAGCAAGAGAAAGUGCUCGCAAGCAGUUAGCUGAUGAGAAAUUGUUUGAGCACUGGAGGCAGAAUUGCCCUGAACUUAGAGUUGCGGCACAAGAACAACAUAAGAAGCACGUUAUUAAAGGUUGGAGUCAGCAAGUUGAAGAUAAGAAAGCGAUAAAAGAAAAAAUGAAAUCCCAAAACAGACAGAACCAGAAAAACAUCGAUAUCGUGUUAUAUCCAAUAAUUACAUUCUGUGUUUCCGUUAGGUUUGAAGAGGAAUAUGAGCGUGAUCGCCAGCGUGGAUUACAGGAGGAAAAUGAAAUUGCCAAUAAAAGAAGACUAGAAGAAGUUAGAGCUGCGGAAGCACUUGAUAUGCAAAUUAGAGAAUUAAGAACCAAAGAAGAAGAGAGCAAAAGAAUAAAGCAAGAACAAGAUCAACUUAUGCAGGAACAAUGGAACCUGCAAAAAAUGGAGGAAGAGCGAAAGGAAAUUCAGAAAAGACGAAAAAAGACUGAACAUGGUCGCUUUCUAGCUAGACAAUAUCGUGCGCAAAUGAAGCGACGGUGUCAGCAAAUACAAGAAGACCUGGAAAAAGAUAUUCAGUUCCUAAAUGCUCUGAUUGCUAAAGAAGAAGAACAGCAAAUACUACAAACCGAAAGAAGGGAAAAAGCACAAGCUGAUGCCGCAUGGAUGAAACAGGUGAUGGAAGAACAAAUGCGCCUUGAGAAAGCCAGAGAAGCAGAGAUGGAAAUGUUGUACAGAGAAGAAGCUGGGCGGAUGUGGCAGAAAAGGGAAGAAGAAUGGGAAAAGGAGCGACUAGCACGAGAGAGGCUAAUGGCGGAGGUCCUUUCUGAAAGACAGAAACAAGUGCGCGAGAAGAUGGAAAUAAUCAAACAACAACAGCAAAAUGCUUUUGAAGAGCGAGAGAAGCUAUUGCAGCAAUUAGAAUUUCAUAAUGCCCUGACUGCUCGAGAGCAGGAGCAGCAAGACAAGCUAAAGGCAACGAGAAUGUAUGAGAUUCAAAACCAGAUUACAUCUAGAAAAGAAAAACUAAAAGUCGACAAGCAAAGCAAACUAAAUGAAUUAAAUGAUGAUAUUAUGGCUGAACAAGAAUAUAAGGAAGUUUUAAGAGAUGAGGUGGAACGAAUGGCAAUAGCAGACGAAUCAGGGUUACAGCAGACAUUUCGCCGUCGAAAAACGGCUUGGGAAUAA